AUGCACGAGCAAGCGAGGUUCAGUGCGAGCCGCGAGGUAACAGCCUCUGUUGCGGACGCCGAGACCAAAUCGGAUAUUAGUCCGGAUGAGAUUGGAAACGUCGCGACAGCCUUAUGCAUGGCGUCCUUCGCUCCCGCAUCAGCGAAGUCGUCUCCCAAAACCAGGCUUCCGUACGACGCCACCUCCACGUGUGUCGGUGAAGGAUCCCUCGUUAUCUCGCUGAAACGGACGAAAACCGACCAAGGCAGCGGCGGAGCAUUAGUUACCCUCACCGCUACUAACUGCGCCGUUGCCAUUGCCGCCCUGAUAUGCAACAGUGUGGUGCUUUUGGUCUUUCUUAUCCGCAGAGAACUGCUGACCUCGUUCAACCUGUAUCUGGUCAAUAUUCUCUUGGGUAACAUCCUGUACAUUUUGUCCGGUGCCUUACUCGACAUAGUGGCUGGGCUGUACCCGGCAUGGUGGCUGGGGCCCAGCUGGUGCAUUUGGUACACCUACGGUAUCUGGACGUUGGCUUGUAUCCCGAUAUUAUCCCAUUUAUCCAUUGCCUUCAACCGCAUCUGCGCGUUAUAUGCGCCACUGUUAUAUCGAGUUGCCCAGAGCAUGAAGGCUUCGGUGUUCGUUUAUGACAAUUGUGACCCCAAUGCGGAAGAAUCACCGUUUCUGCAUGUGUGGGAAUUGCUGAUCUUUGUCGUCAACAUUGUCAGCGCAAGUACAAUUAUUUUGACAGCACCUCUGGUGUUGUGCCGGUUACAAUGGCGCACUAGGGUGACGGCCGGCAAUGGUCCCCUUCAGCGUCUGCGAGCGGAGGAAAGCACCCGAAAAUGGCAGACUGUGGUGUUCUUAAUCUUAACUAUGAGUAUCUCUGUCUUCUGGACACCGCUGUUUUUGACAUUAACGGUGGCUAACUUUGUGGAAGUCAGCGGCGAACUGAUAUCGGGCUUGGCAAUUUUGUAUAAUGUGCAGAUGUUCAUGGAUCCCAUUCUCUUUAUUUGCACCAUGAAGGGUUUACGCACUGCUCUGAUGUCGUUGUUUUAUAUGGUGUAG